AUGAAAAUGUUUGCCGACGCGGGAAUUGGAAUUAGUUGUCCAAGUGGUAAGCUCGCAGAUUUUUAACCUCCCAAGAGCCCCCUAAUUUUCUCUGUUUCAGGAAAUAAAGUUUAUAUCCACCCGAUCAGUGGUGAUUUGCAACUUUGCACCCAACAACUGGGAGUUUAUAAUGAGACAAGUUGUCCGGGUGGCACGGCAUGUGAGAGGUUUCCAAUUUUGAUUCCGGGAUUUCAGGUGAGUUUCGGGGAACUUCUCCCCGCGCCUUCCCCAAGUUGCCUCUCCAUAGGAUUCUGAAUUUCAGGACUAUUGUUGUUGGUCUGAGUCGCACCCCGACGCUGAUUCGCAACCCAUCAAGAUGGGGAAACGUAAACCGCCCGUGAUUGUAGAUCAGGUCGAGGAGAAGGUUUUCCCGAUUCCCGAUGAGGGAGAUGAGGAAGAUGAGGAUGAUGAGAUAAGCACGAAGAAUGUUGUAGGGAAACCUGGAAGAAAACCAGAAGAUGAAUCAGAACCCGAAGAGGAAGAGGAAAUCGAGUGGGAAUUCGAGUCGACUACCAGGAGGCCUAAGAAAUCAAGAGGUCGCAAAGGGCCGCUGGUUACUACUACAACAGAAAUGCCAGAAAUUACGACUACCCAAAGGGUUCCCACGUCUAGACUUCCACAAUGCAACAACCCAUCGGAUACAGUACUUAUAGAUUACGGUAAUCGAUUGCGGGAUUGUUAUUUCCAGCAAUGUCUGAAUGGUUUCAAAUGCGAGUUCAAUCGUGAAAUCCGCCGAUUUAUUUGCUGUGGAAGAGGUGUUGAUGUGCCACCAGCUGGACUUCCGAUGAUUCCCGCGCCCAAACCAUUGAUCCCAAGACCAUUCCGACCUUCGGGGCGAGGCGGUUUCGGUGGGAUGUUGAAUGAUGGCGAGGAGAUUGGAAACGCAAACUUCGAGAAGGUUCGAUUGCCUCAGAGUUGUAAUGGUGAUGAUUGUGGAUCGACCUAUCAGCCGGAGACUAGUUUUAGAGUGGAGAAAUCGGAAAAAUCUGAUCGCAAGACUUUUGGGAGCUUGAAGAAGUCUGGAUCUUCUUGCUCGGGCAAUGGUUGUGGACAGAAUUUCAACAUGGGGAACUCUAAUAAUAAUUUUGGGGAGAAUUCGAAGGGCUGUAGUGGAUCUGGAUGCGGGCAGAAUAUUAACUCAAACUUUGGAGGGAACUCUGGAAAUGCGAAUAAUAAUUUUGGAUCUUCCAACAACAACUUCGGAAGUUCAGGAUCUUCAAAUGACAAUUUCGGAUCUUCGAAUAACAACUUCGGGAGUUCAGGAUCUUCCAACUUUGAAGCGAACUCAAAUGACAACAAUAACUUCGGAGGAUCUGACAACUCCAACAAUAAUUUCGGAAGCUUCCAGAACUCAAACUUCAACUCAGAUCUAGGCUGCUCAGGGCCUGGGUGUAGCCAGAGUUCUAAUAACUUCGGAAGCUCAGGAGCAUCGCAAGGCUGUUCAGGAUCCGGAUGUGGCAAGCAAAAUUUUAAUUUUGGAAAUUCUCAGAACUCCAACUCAGAUCUGGGAAGUUUUGCAGCCUCCAAUUCCAACUUCGGCACAUCCCAAGGUUGUUCAGGAUCUGGAUGUAGUGGACCAGCCUCCAAAAAACAUCGCUACGAAGAUGAAGAUGAUGAAGACGGUGAUGAUGAAGAAGAUCAAGGCUGCUCGAAUUGUGGCGGAGGGUGUAAUCAAAACUGUGGUGGAAGAUGUUCAGGAAAUGGAUGUUCCAACAAUAACAAUCGCAAUGGAUGUUCCUCGAAUUCUGGUAGCGGGAAUAAUGGAGGGAAUAUCAAUAUCCCACUGCCACCGAUCCCCGAGCCAAAGCCUCUGUGCAAAAAGUUCCGGAAAACUGGAGGUGGAAAUGGGAAUGGAAGACCUAGAAAUCAGGGAAGACGUGGAAACUUCAGACCAAAUGAUGAUGGGAAUAAUCAAAAUCAAAAUCGAGGUGGAAAUGGAAAUGGACAGAAUCAGAAUCAGAAUCAGAAGAAGAAAAAUAUUUCAUUUGGAAAAAGGAAACGUGAGUUCAAAAGAUCAAGAAAGAUCUCCAAAAUAAUUUCAAAAACUUUUCAGAAGGUCACAACAACAAUUCCAACAACUCGAGCAAUUCCAACAAUAAUUUCAAUUCCAACCGGAAUUCCAACAACUCAAAUUCCAACCGAAAUUCCAAUCCAAAAAAGCACACAAGAUCAGCUCCCCAAAAAUUCGUCUUCAAUUUCAGUAAGCUCUCCACUGAUUCAUCUCAAAAUUCCCAAAAAUUUUCCAGCUGAAGACGAUUUCAUUUGCUCGGACGGUGAUGAAUAUUUCGAUGGUGUGAUGACACCGAAAUGUGUGCCGCCAGCUAUUGAUUCGUGUCCAAUGUCUCACAAACGGUAACUACAGUAGCUUAGAAUUACAGUACCCCUAGAGAUCCAUAAAUUUUCAGAUGUCUACCUUCAAAACGUCUCGGUCAUAGUGUGUGCUGUAAAUCGAAAGCGCUGCCAAUACAAUAA